AUGUUGUACCUGAUCAAGCCACCAGCACACUCUAUCGACGCCUGCAAUCCGCUUUUGACCUAUACGCUCGCUGACUCCACCCCCUCCGAGCUCUCCAAAAUCAGAGAUCUUCAAACCUGGGGCUGGGAUGUCUCCGUGCACCUCCAAGAUGACGCGGAAUAUCUCGACGCUAUAGAGGAGACGGAGAAAGCAAUAAAGAAGAGACGGCGCAUGACGCAGAUGGUAUAUGGUGAUAUGGUGGGGGAUGGUCCCAGGUUGACUUUUGACGAGGUUUGGGAGAGGGAGGCGACUAAAACGUUGACGCAGGGGCUACAUGGAAUUCAGGAGAACGAGGAGGAAGUCAGUGAUGAAGCUAGCAUCAUGUCUCAAAUGACACAGCAGAGAGCUUGGGUGCGUUGGGCUGAUGAAGAGAUUGAGCUGGACAAGGAGAAAUCUAACGUAAGCAACCCCCAGGCAUGA